CUUUCACUACAGUACUUGUAUUCAAAUCACUACAUAGCCACAGAGCCUUGAUUCUUCUUUCUUCCUUGCUUUCGUAACUUAUUAUUGAAUGAAAACACAGAGCCAGAGCCAUUGCCACCGAACCCCACCAGACCCAAGCUCUUCACCGGAUCUUAGACCAGAGUUGAGAAAUAAAGAAGAACAUAAAUGAAGGAAGAAGAAGUUAACCGAUGCCAGAUUCAGGAAUGGUACCCAAAGUUCAAAUCCGUGUCUAUCAAAACCCUAAUUCAUCGGCUUCCAGAAUCCUUUGUCCACUACCUCGUCGAUGAUUCAGGGCCAUUUCUUGUUCCUGUUUCCGUCUUCAAUGAAGAUGCUCUACCCAAUAGAAUUCACAAUCCACAUGAGGAAGAAGACUAUCAGGUUUCAGAAGGAGGGUCAGAAGAUGAAUCGGAACAGCCAUCUUUACCACCACCUUCUUUCCCUGAACUGGAAUUGGAGAUUAAGGAGUCCAUCAAAGAAUUAGGAGGCGCUGUUUUCCCAAAGCUCAAUUGGAGCGCACCCAAAGAUUCGUGUUGGAUGAGUACAACUGGGACCCUCCGAUGCACCUCCUUCACUGAGAUUGCGCUCUUGCUUCGAUCCUCCGACUCCCUCACUCAUGAUCUCUGCCAUGCCUAUGAUUCCUGCACCGACAAAACUUCAUCCAGACCUCCAAGUUUCUUCCUUGCACUUCGCAAAUGGUACCCAUCUCUUCGACCGGACAUGGAAUUUCGCUGCUUUGUCAAAGGUCAGAAUUUGGUUGGGAUUUGCCAACGUGAGGUUACAACUUUCUAUCCGCCUCUGCUUGAAAACAAGUGCAAUCUUCGGGUGUUGAUCCGGAAAUUCUUUGUGGAACACGUGAAGCAUAGGUUUGAAUCUCAAGAUUACACAUUUGAUGUAUAUGUGACGAGAGAUGAGCGGGUUAAGAUAGUGGAUUUCAAUCCAUGGGGUGGAUUUACCCUGCCAUUAUUGUUUGGUUGGGAUGAAUUGGAGAAGAAAGUGACGAGUGAAGAAGAAGAAGAAGAAGAAGAAGGUGGUGUGGAGUUUAGGAUUGUGGAGAGCCAAUGUGGAGUAAGGCCAGGCUUGAAAACGGCGGUUCCAUAUGAUUACUUGGAUACGAGCCCUGGAAGUGGGUGGGAUCAAUUUCUUAGGAAUGCUGAGGGAGAGUUGCGGAAACAAACUCAAUCUUCAGAAGCAGGUGCAGGUGCUUAGAGUUACAGCUGUGGAUUUUCUUUCAUACCUCCUUCGCUAUUAACUUUUUGCUAGUUAUUUAUAAAAACCUCUUGUAUCAGAUUUUGGUGUUACCACAUGUUCUUCCCAUUUCUCUUACUACUUGUUCUUCCCAUUUAUGUGCUUCCUUUUCCUUGUCCUUUUGGCGAUCAGUUAAGAAAGAAUUUGUUCCAUUGAUAUAUAUAUAUAUAUAUAUAUAUAUAAAGAUGAUUUUUAUUUA